AUGAAUACAUUUCAGUUGUAGAACAUACGACGACGCGGUAUCCUCUCUCAUUCACGACGAUCAACCGGAAUCUAGAAGUUGUGAAUUUUACAUUGCCUAUUUCCUGCCAAAUUUUUAGUGGAUAUUUAUGGGUUUUAAUUAAAUGAAAUUGAAUUAUUUUUGAAAAAAAAAAAAUCUCAAAAUGAAAUUAUUUGUGUUGUGCGCAAUAUUGGGACUUUGUUGUCUGCCAAAUGUUCAAAGCUUGGAUUUAAGUUUCAAAAAUAUCGUCACAUCAACUGCCGAUGUAACCACUGGUGUUAUCAAGGAUGUGGGCAAUAAAUUGCCCACCCCACAGGGUUUGUUCGAGACUAGCAAACAAUUGGUUGCAGGCUAUCCAUUUGAGUUUGUUUCUUCGGCAGUCAAUCAAUUGUGUGCAUCGGCUCUCUCAUCCAAUGCCAUUACUCCGAAAAUAUCUCCAAACAUUGAUAAAAUGUUCUUCCAGUUGAGAACGGCAUGUAAUCGUUAUAGUCAUCCACUGCUAAAGGCAAAUGAAAUGUGGGCGAGUCCAGAAUUCGAUCCCAAAAAGAAAGUGGUCAUAUUGGCCACAGGGUGGACUACAACUGUGAAUGAAACCGACACCAUUGAUGUAUUCGCCAAGGCCUAUGCCUGUCGGGGUGAUGUUAAUUUUGUGGCCAUCGAUGCUGGUUCAUUUGUGGACACUCUUUACACCUGGUCGGCAUUUAAUACGGAGGAAUUGGGAAUGCAUAUUGCCAAGGGCUUGGAACAAUUGGAGAAAAUUGUUCCACUCAAAAAUAUUCAUUUGAUUGGUCAUAGCUUGGGUGCCCACAUCAUGGGAGCUGCAGCUCGUUAUUUCUUUGAAAGUACUGGGAAAUUGAUACCACGUGUCACCGGACUGGACCCGGCCAAACCAUGCUUUAAUGAGGGUGAAGCAUUGUCGGGACUUAUGAGAGGCGAUGCCGAAUUUAUAGAUGUCAUCCACAGCAAUUCCGGUGUCUUGGGCAAACGUAAUCCCACCGGUGAUGUUGAUUUCUACCCAGGUGGCUUGGAUCCCCUGCCACCGGGUUGUGUCAGUGUUACCUGUGCCCAUGCCAGGGCAUGGGAGUAUUUCGCCGAAACAAUUUAUCCGGGCAAUGAAAACAACUUCUUGGGUGCACGUUGUACAUCGUUGACUCGUUUGCGUGAACACAAAUGUCCCAAGCAAGAUGUGCCAAUGGGUUAUGCGGCACCGACCAACAUUAAGGGCAGCUACUUUAUGGAGGUACGCGGUGAAGCUCCAUUCGGCAUGAAAGGUGAUAAAACACGUUCGUUGGCCAAUGAUCAAUGCGGAAAAUGUCCGGAUGCAACAAAAAAGGCAUAGAUGUGUUGUAAAUUUUUCGUUUUGUUAUUUUUUAUUAUCUUUGCUUUUUUAUUUAAAACAAAUAUUUUUUUCCGUAUAUUUUAAUUGUUAUUUGUUUUGGAAAUUUUGUAUGUAGUUUUGUAUUUCAACAUGAAGAUUGUAGGAACAAGUUUGCAAAAUAAAUGGUGGAAUUUUUUCGCAAUUUGAA